CACACUCACUUGCCCCCAACCCCGUCGUGGUAGAUCUGAUCGACACACAUACUGCAACCUCGAGGAGAAUAUUAUGAGAAGCUUCAGUGUGAUAAACUCAUCUAAACGGAGGAGAAUAAGACGGGCGUGAAUUGAUUUUUCUCUACCGGUCCACUUUGGAAUCUUAGGUUGGAAUAGCAGCAGCUUCGUAGACCGUUAGAUACACAAGUGUAGUCUUAAUGGUCAAGCAACCGAAGAGAAAGAGAGAGAGAGAGAGAGAGAGAGAGAGAGAGAGGACAGUAGCAGCCCACCAAAAGAAUGGAGAAGGAAGCAGGUUUGGUGGCACCAAAGAAGAAGAAGGUUUCGAUGAUCCCCGCGAAGAUGGUGCCGCCGCUGCCAUCGGCAACGCCGGAAGCAAGAAAGCCGGCCGUCGUCAGGAGCGUGACGCGAGACGAGAUCGAUAAGUACUGGAUGACGAGACGAAUGAUCGAAGAGGAUCACCUCCUCGCGGCCGAGAAGGCGGCUGCAAGGAUCAGAGCCAAGGCUCUCAAGGAGGAGGACUACCGGCGAUUCGAGGAAUCGCUGAAGGAGAUGUCGAACAGUGCUGAAGAGGACGAGGAUGGCAAGGAAGGAGACGACGAGGAGCUGCAGAUAGGCAUCAAGGACUGGUGGACCAAAAGCAAGUUCGCGUAUCUGAACCAGCCGGCCAUCAAAUCCAUGGGGGAGAACGCAACACCAAAGCGUCCGACUUCCACGUACAUUCCGCAACACAUCUGCUUCCUCGACGUCUCUGCUGCUGCCCAACUCUACAAUUCAUCAUCAUCAUCAUCAUUUGGGGGUUUUCUAAAUCAGCAAUGUCGGAUGUCUACGAGAUAGUCAGGUCUGCUACUAUAUGAUUCUCUUAGGACAUCGUCAAUUUGUCUCGUAUUCUCUAAUAAACAUACGGCUGUGUUGUGUAUAACGAACGUCAACAUAAAACUUUUGCUGGUGAGGUUAUUAUUAUUAUUAUUAUUAUUAUUA